AUGGCAAGUCUUUCCUUAGCUCCUAUAAAACCGUUAAUAUUGACUCGAACCAUAGAAGCGUGGUCAGAUCGACCUUACAUACCAGAGGCCGUUCCCAUCCCCGCUACAGUUGUACGUGAGCCAGCUAUGGUAGCACCUUACACACCCAAGAAAGAUGGUCCUAAAAUUAUCCAACAAAAAUUCGACAAUGUUUUUGUGGAAUACAAGCCCGUCUUCGAUAACCUGAAGUCCCAUCGACUAUCUGAUCGCUACCAUGUUGGCAAAGGAUCAAGGCUCUUCAUGCAGGAUGCGUUAGAUUCGGAUUCUCCUGCGCUUGAUCGUCAGGUCGCUGGUAUCUGCGUCCGAGGCAGUUCCGGAAGCGGAAAGAGUCUUACAUGCGCACGAGACCUUUUGGAACAUUUCGGCGUCCUUUUCACCUGUCCAACUGGGGCACACGGGGGGGUGUUCGCUGACGACGCCGUGGGCCGCGGCUCUCACGACAUGCAGACCGCGCUCGAGCACCUGGAACAGAGGAGCGAAUUCAAGGAGAUCACCACCAACCCAGGACAGGCAGAUACUAAUAUCUCUCUUGUCAAGGAUUUCUGCAUGAGCCUGCUUGUGAGUCGCCUCGCAGUCAUACGGAAAGUUCUCGACAGCCAACCGGCCGACUUGUCUUCUAAGGAGCGGAAGCGGGACUGUGGUAUUGUUCAGCUGGAUCCAACGUUAUUUUGCUCGACUCCCGGGCACCCGGAUAUUUAUGAGCGUCUCCUCAGAGUGCUUCGAUUCGCCUCACCCUACGCAUGCGAGUGGCUCCUGAAUCACUACUGGGAGGGUCUCUGCUCUGACUACCCGGAUCUCGUUGAGGACUGUCCUUUAUUCAUUGACGAAGCACAGGCCCUCGCAUCUAAAUUCGGCUCCGUGCACUUUCUCUCCGCCUCCAACCGCAAUAAGUCUCGACCGCUUCUGACCCCGGUGGUAGAAAACCUCAUGAAGCCCAAGAUAUUCACAAGAUGUGUGAUCUCUGGGAUCAGUCUGUCACCGAAAAUCUUCGAUGUUGCCCUGCAGUCUACGACGGCUCGUUUGAACGCGCGUAUCGUGGAACUCACUAUGGCAGACGGAUUCUUCGACAAGGCGGAGCAACGGCGCUAUAUAGUACACAAACUCCGGCCCUGGGCCGACGAGAUUGGUAUCUCCGAGGAAUCCUUUGACUAUCUCGUCGUUCGCAUGACCCUCAUACUUCGUGGUCGAUAUCGGGUCACGACGUGUUGCUGUGAACUGAUUUUGCGCACAGGAACAAAAUCUCCUCACCGAUUUCUCACCGCGUUUGUUCUGAGACUGGGAGGCUUCUUUCUUACGGAUGGUGGAAAGUUUGAGUCUGCUGAGUCUGCCCUAUCAAAGAGAGAGGAAGACGCGAUAAACGCUACCGGCCAAAUAAUCGACUGGGACAUGUUCGAGGAGUUCGAUCAGGACACCAAACGCUGUAUUUUCGAGAUGGUGACGCGUCUUGCUAUUCAAGGACUGUAUACCGCACUGGACGGCGAUCAGAAGAGGUUAAUCGAGGUCGGCAUUGGCCAUCUCACCGUCUCCAAGAUCGUCACCCCCCGCGUUGUCCCCGAAGGGCCAGUGAUCGCCACCAACAAUGCUGCCCCCGAUGACGGUGCCGACGAGGCCAACGACAUCGACGACGACAUCGACGACGACAUCGACGACAUUGACAAUGACGACGACAGUGACGAUGACGACGACAACGGUGAUACCACCAGUGAACCCUCCGUGACCGUCAACGCCGCCACCGACGCCAAUGAUCCCUCUGGUGCAGGCGCUGUGUAUCUUACCGAACUCUUGACCGUUAGCGCGGUAAUGGCCAGGUACCCGGAGAAGGUGGCUGACACCCUGUUGCAAGGCAUGCGUCUUGGACUCAACAACAGCAUGAACGGCUUCGCCUACGAACCCCAGAUCUCAUACGUGGCAGCUAAAGUUCACGGCCACCGGGAUAAGUUCACGAGCUUGGGAAACCUCUAUCAAUUUCACAAGGAAGUUGCGUUCCUGGCGAAGCUUCAAGUCCAGCUCGUUGCCAUGUUUAGAGGACCAGAUAGCAAGUGGCGCGCCACCCAAGCUGGUCCCGGUUUCGGACCUUCUCCCCAGAUGGGCUUCAAGGCCAACUCUCCCAAGGAAUUACUCGAGCAUUUGAAAGAUGGUGGGGCAACAUGCAUCAUCAAUCCCGACAUUUUUCAUGGCGGAGAUCACAUCAAGUUCUACAAGGUCAAAGGGAGCAAGCACUAUAUCAUGGUCGUGGACCAAGCCAAGCUCUCCGCCGGGAAGGAUGGCAAACUGCGGCCGGAAAUGUUGGAGAAGGCCCUGCAAGCUAACGACCCGAGAAGAUACUACAAACCCAAGGGUUCAUCAAAGAAGAGGAAGUGGCUCGUCAAGGAGGGCAAGGAGAUCCUCGAAUGUCUUAAGGAGAUGCGGAACGCAGAAGACAUCGAUUCGAACAACACCUAUGACCCGGCCCUUCUGCCACCAGAGCUCACAGAGGAGAAUUUUCCCCAUACCGUCUGUGGUUUUGCGCUCGCAGGAACGGCCCACUGGCAGGCUCCCGCCUGGUUCGUAUCUGAGAUGCACAGACGCUUGAACCGUCCGGGCCAGGUUCCAGCUUUGAUGUUGAGUGAGCCGUUCGAAAAGCACCUUGGCCCGUCUUGGCGGUUUGCGACCACCGCCCAGAACGAGCCCGUCCGUCCGUUGGGGAGAAUGGAGGGGAGCGCUACUGCCUAG